AUGGCUCUCUUGUCUGAAAAUAGCUCGAGACUGCCCACUCCAGUAGUAACCGAUGAUUCUGAUGGAGAGACAGGAGGCCCGCAAAGUGCAAUUACCACGCCUGAUGAGGACAUUCCUGUGCCGCCAGGUCGAUCCCAGUCGAGCAGACCGGUUAGCGCCAUCAUCGUCGGUGCAGGAAUCGGCGGAAUUGCAACAGCAGUUUUGCUCUCCCACAAAGUCGACAAUCUGACGUACACCGUAUACGACAGGAACAGCAAGGUUGGAGGCACUUGGGCUGAAAACACUUAUCCUGGUGUCAGAUGCGACGUGCCAUCCCACGUGUAUCAACUCACCUUUGCGCCCAACACUGACUGGAGCGAGUACUAUUCCAAAGGCAGUGAGAUCCAGGAGUACUAUGCCCGAGUGGUCGAAGACUAUGGAGUGAAGCCAAAUCUUCGGCUAUCGCAUGAAGUUUUGUCUGCUCGAUGGAUCGCAGACACACGAGAGUGGGACGUUGAAGUACGAAACCUCUUGACUGGCGAGGUCUUCAGGAACCGUGCCGAUUUCUUGAUCUCGGCUCCUGGAAGAGUCAAUGAGCCUCACUAUCCCGACAUCAAGGAUCUGGCGACGUUCAAAGGCAAGGUCGUGCAUACCGCCAGAUGGGAUCCAAGCAUCGUUCUGGACAACAAGAAAGUUGCCAUCAUCGGGAAUGGGGCAUCUGGUCAGCAGAUUUUGCCCAACAUUGUGUCCCAAGUUGCCCACAUUGACCACUAUGUCCGUUCCAAAACCUAUGUCAGCCCGACGUUUCGUCAAGGCCUGCUAGAAGCUUCAGCUGAAAUUCCGGGGGGUCUCGUCUACAGCGAAGACGAAAAGAAGACAUUUCGGGAAAACCCAGCCGCAUACCUGGCUUACCGCAAGGGACUCGACAAACAACAUUACGGCGCGGUUAACAACCAGUUCGGGAAGCUGGGCACUGAAGCGAACAACAAACUGCGUGAGAGCCUUCUCUCGACCAUGUUGCAGCGUCUCCAUGGUGACAAAGAAUGGCUGGCUCGACUGACUCCGGAUUAUGCGCCCGGUUGCAAGCGGCUCACCCCUGCACCGGGUUAUCUCGAGGCCAUUAUCGGGCCCAAGGUUGAAUUCAUCGACGACAAUAUCAUCGAGGUCACAGAGCACGGGUUGAAGACUGGCGAUGGUAGCGUCCGAAACGUGGAUGUGAUCAUCCUUGCCACGGGCUUCCAGAACGGAUUCUAUCCUCGCUUCCCAACCAUCAACAAGGACGGCGAUGACCUGUCUCAGAUUUGGCGUCCCGGUGGCAAAGUGGGAUAUCCCGAGACAUACAUGGGCGCCAUGGCACCACAGACUCCAAACUACUUUUUCGUGCUACAGGCUCAAGGCAAUGCGUUCGGGGGUUCUGUGCCCUACCAGUGCGAAAUCUCUGCAACAUACAUUGCCAAGGUGAUCCGUAAAAUACAACGACACCAGUACGCGACCGUGAGUCCCACUCUGGCCGCCGCAAGCGAGUUUAGCGAGGUGGUCGACCGAUAUUUCAAAGACUCAGUUGUCAACGACGGGUGCCGGAGCUAUUUCAAACUCGGGGGCCACACCGGCAGGGCGAGGAAUGUCAUUGGGUUUCCCGGAACAACCAGACAAAGGCUCGAGGUUCUCGCCGAGCCCAGGUGGGAAGAUUUUGCCUUUGAGACCCUAGGUGGUGCUCGCAUAGGAAGCGAGGACCAACACGGUACCGAGAGUGGUGGGGAUGUGGUUAGCGUGGCUGGCAAGGCUGCGAAGAACCGGUUCCUCGGGUUCUGGGGUGAUGGGAGGUCGGUCCUCGACGAGGCCAACGACCUUGACGCAGUAACAUACUACCUGAAAGAGGUGGGAAAAGUAGACCUCAGACGCUUGCACGAGGACUUGGUCUGA